AUGCAUGGGCAGCCUGUUUAUGGCAGUUCUCCAGCUGUUCCUACCCUGGGCAGUCCUUGUGCUGUUGUAAUACCCAAGAUUCCACAGUCUUCCUUUAUGCUGUCUAUCCAGCGUUUUUUGGACCUUCCUCUUCUCCUCAUCCAGUGCACUCCUCCAAGCAGUACUGUUUUCUGGUAUCUGCCAUCACUCAUUCUCAUAUCAAUAAGAAUGUAUGAAAGUACAAUGAAACUGAAAAUUCUUAAAGGACUUCGCAGGUAUCUCACCAAAUCUGCUGACUUCUCACUGUUUGUGAUUGUUAUUGGCCAGCAAACUCAAGUCCCUCCCACAAUUCCCAAGCAGGAACCUCCUUUCCCAGAGUCCUUUCAAAUGGCAGCUGAUUCUUGUGAAUGCUCAUGCACAGAGACCCAGACAGCAACUGCAGCAGAAUCAGCUGUUAACACUACACUGUUUGUACAGAUGGGUGCAAAGGCUCUGCUGUGUUGCCCUGCUCUUCCAAUGACAAAAGCAGUAUUAAUAGCAUGGGUAAUAGCCCCCAGAGGGCAGCCUCCUUGCAGAAUAUCCUACAGAGUUGAUACAAAGGAGAACAAUGAAGCCAACUGUAUGGGCAGGAGAAUCACCUGGACAUUCAUACCUGACCAGCGUCAUGACCUUCAGAUCAAUGCAGUGGCCCUCGGUCAUGAUGGGCUUUAUUCAUGUGAAAUAGCAACACCUAAGGGGAAUUUCCUAAGGAGACAUGACCUCCAAGUGCUAGUGCCUCCAGCGGUAACCCUGCUUCCAGGGGAAAACAGAACAGUAGUUUGUGAGGCAAUUGCAGGCAAGCCGGCUGCACAGAUCUUUUGGAUUCCAGAUGGGGAUCACGUCACUAAGCAGGAAACACACAGCAAUGGCACCGUGGCUGUCAGGAGCACAUACCCCUGGGAGCAGAACAAUGUGUCUGCUGUGUUCUGCCUUGUCUCCCAUCCGACUGGCAACCAGACUCUGUCCAUAGAACUCAAUCAAGGUGUCACCAGCACACUGCGUUCCCUGCUGACCAUUCUCUACGUGAAACUUUCCCUCCUGGGGAUUAUUCUGCUCAUCCUAGGAUUUGCUUUCUUCCAGAAGAGAAAUUAUUUCAGUGCCCAAGGGCAAAAUGCUAAAUUGCUGAGAAAAGAGCAACAGCACAACCGUUUUUUGAGCCAAUUGACAUCAGCACUAAGCACCUGCAUCAAUGCAGGUUUGUCCUGUGACUAUAAUGGCAGCCUGGUAUUUACAGUUUUGUAUAUGUGGACCGUUCCCCUUGAUGAAAACAGUUGA